AUUCGUUCAUUCAUGGUCUUUGUUGAAUUUAGUUAUUGGGGAAAUAAUUUGGUUUGAUUUAUUAAGUGUAAAUAAUCAUAAUGAAUACCAUCGUAAGUGAACUUAGUAUGAACGAUUUAAACAAUAAAUUCUUUGAAAUAAUGCAAAGCGAAAGUAAUGCCGAAGACGCAGCCAAUUUUAUUUACGAUAGUGUACUUGAUGAUGUCGCGAUUGGAUUUAUUUUCGAGUUCCACCACGGCCUGAAAACUGGGUUGACGGAUUUAUUAGAAGGUGAAAAAGAAGACAAAGAGCCCUACAAAAUUAUAAACUCGCCAGAAUGCGAUGUGUUCGGAUUUUCGGUGUUAAAAAAGACUCCAGAUAGUAACUGUUCUUGCCCGAAUUGUGAAAGGCCUGUGUCGGCCACCAGGUUCGCUCCGCAUUUGGAAAAAUGCAUGGGAAUGGGUCGCAACAGCUCCCGCAUUGCGUCCCGCCGUAUAGCCUCAAACAGCCGCGAGCCAACCUCAUACGCUGGACUCCUCAGUGACGACGAGGAUGAUGCAGACUGGGCUGGGGGCUCCUUGCAGAAUGAACGCAGGAAGAGAAGGAUUAAGAACAACAAUAAUAGGAAAUCUAAUAAACUUCAAAAUGGCAACAACAGGAAUAAUGGAAACCAGAACUCUGACUCUAAUGAUGGUGUUACCUAUGACACGAUGACUGCCAAUGACAAGAAAACCUUACUGCUGCAGAUUUGUGGUGUGGUGUCUGAACACACAAAAAAAUUAUGCACUAGAUCUACCAGGUGCCCCCAACACACCGAGGAACAACGUCGAGCGCUCCGCAACACCGUGCUGGAGCCCUCGACGCCCGAGAGUGGGCUCGGCCUCGGCGCGGACGACGCGGGCUCCCCGCCGGACUCCAGCCCCUCCUCGUCGUGCUCCUCGUCCAGUCGCAAGAGGGACCGCCACCGGGCGCCCCCCAAACCUAAAAAUAAGAGGGAGAGAAUGUCUCCUAAUGGGAGGGAAUAGAUGCGCCUAUAUUGGAUUAGGAUGCUUAUGGGUUAAACGAAAAUUCUUAUCUUUAUCUUGUAAUCAUAGAUAUGACUGUUUUGUUAGUAUAAUAUGAAAUGAAAGACUUUGUACCCUAAGAGGAGGAAUUAUGGACUGAGAUCGUUUGUCACUCAUUGUAAGAAAUUACUUUCUAGCUAUUUAUACCAAAAAGUAAAAUAAUUUCUAAUAGAAAGUCGUCGCGUCGUCGUCGUUUAUCGUCUGGGAUGGAAUUGAAACGAUUUUCUGUACGCUUAGAACAGCAGCAUACAGAGAAUAGACCGACACAGCAAGCCUUAAGGGUCCCUGGCAAGCUCGGUUCUCCAUAUAAACGUAGUUACGCUCUCAUUUUAAAACGAGUAGCUAGUUUGCUCUGAAGCUUUGUACUUACAAUAAAAUAAGGUAUAUCUAUGUCUGUAAUUAGUUUAUGUAGCUUCAGAUAUAGUAAAAAAAUACAGUGAAUUUAAGUUUUUCAUACAAAACUUGUUUUUGCUCUAUUUUAUUUGUUUUAGAAACUGGAGCUAUAUAAACUAAUUACAUACCUGAUGUCAUUGUAUGUGCAAAGUUUCGUAACAAUCCAACGCGUAGUUUUAAAAUGAGAAGGAAACUCCGUUUGUGUAGGAAGGUGAAAUUCAGCCGAGCUUAACCAUUUUCCAGGUCACACCAAUAUACAAGGAACGUACUGCUCGCCCUUAGAGAUUGUCAAAGGCGCCUAGCCCUUCAAAGAUAGCAUGACACCACAGACGGGUACCGCCGUGGCCGGGUGGUCUAGUGGUCAGGACGUUAGCCGCGUAAGCUGAAGACGCGGGUUCGAUUCCCAUCUCGGCCAACGGUGGAUUUGGUCACUUUUUCCUUAGUGUAUGAUAUCUAUUUCAGUAUAUACAAGGUUUUCCCAAAAAAUCUAAAUAUAUUCCAAUCCAGCUUUGAUGAUUCAUUUGAAGACGUCAUAUUUCCCAAAAGUUCAAUCUAAUUUGAACCUUAAAUAGGAAUGCUAUUGUUGAAGUUCUGUUGGCGCGUAUGUGAUCGAUGAAUCGUACUAUGCCUGGAAAACGGCUACGUGAAUUACUUUCACGUCCCAUUCCGUCCCCGUAAAUCACAAAAUGUAUGCUGCAAACUUCAAAGCCAAAGCAAAGUUAUUCACUUUGUACUUGACAUCGUGUUAUGCUGCUCCUCUUGUUUGCCAUAUUAAGAAUAAGGAAGGAAAGAGAUGGUAGGGAUGUUGACAUGAAUCGCGAAUAUAUAAAAUGAAGUAUUUAAAAUAAUGCCCUGCGUCACGUGACUGCAAACCCUAUUGGGCAAAUAGAAUUUGGCUAAUGAAAGCUGAACCUGAAAAACGCGGCAAAUUCAAAAACUGUAGCAGGCGGCUCUUUGAUUACAAGGAUUGCAUAACUUAUAUACUUUUUAGGGUUCCGCCCAAAGGGUAAAAAUGGGACCCUAUUACUAAGACUCCGCUAUCCGUCUGUCUGUCACCAGGCUGUAUCUCGUUGAAAUUUUCUUAGAUACUAAAAAGUUUGAAACCCUCUGUGGGCGAGAGCGACUCGCACUUGUCCGGUUUUUUUUAUAAUUUUCUUCUAGAAAUCAUGAAAAGUAUAAAAAUUAUGUAAUCAAAGAGCCGCCUCCUACAGAUUUUGUCAGGGACCGGCCCGCUAUCCCUUAUCGGGGUUUUAUAAGGGUAUUGCAUAAGGCUUAACUCACCAUACCCUUUGCCAGACGAAACCCUUUGUUUUGCUUUUAAAAACCCUUAUAUAAAGCUACCACAUUUGAGUAAUCGGUAGCCCAAAUACCCUUACAAAACCCUUAUCAUCCGCUCACCAACACCUUGCAUAUUGCUUAUAAGGGUUAGCCUUAUAAAGGGCUUCCCUUUUAGCAUAUAAGCGUGCUAAUUUAAGUCGUCUACCUUGUUCAUAAAGCACACAUUACUUCGAAUCCGAGCGAUCGGCGACGGCGGCGUUCUUUGACUAGGCACGUAUUUUCUUUCCUUUUCAUACACUACCGUAGAUAUAUACUAAUCCUGUCUCUUUCACGCAAAGGGAAACCUUUAUAAAAAGCGCUUAAAGAUAAGGGUAACCCUUAUUAAGAGCUAGCCUUAUUUUUGGUUAGCUUUUCGGUAAGGGUUAGUCAAAGGUAAGGGUAUGAAUGGGCUUGCAGUUCAAAAGGGAAAGUCUUUUAAUGUGUUAGCCGUGUUUAAGUGUCGCCCAUUGAAAGGGUUUUAUCGCGGAAAGGGUUGUCCGGUCCCUGGAUUUUGUGAAAUUGCGGCGUUAUUAGUCCGUACCCAAAGGGUAAAAACGGGACCCUAUUACUAAAUCCUCGUCCACGGUCCACGGGCCUGGUGACAGACAGACAGACAUGACGAAUCUAUAAGGGUUCCGUUUUUUGCCAUUUGGCUACGGAACCCUAAAAACAGAAUAAUAUCAAUAUUUAAGUGGGUACAAUAAACGUGAUUUUUUUGCCGUUUUUUGCGUAAUGGUAAAUUCGUGCGCAAGUCCGACUCGCACUUGGCCGGUUUUUCAGGUUCAACUUUUAUUAGCCAGACUAUGGCCGUGUGAUACGUGUGUCUCACAAUGGUCGCGUAUUUAUUCGUCAUAAACCUUAUAGUCAAACCUAAUAUUUUAGACGAAUAAAUAUAAUCAAGCUUCAUCAACAAAUUAUUUAUUCUCUCUUGUACUGAUGAUUACGAAAUGCCUAAGGGUAGUAUUUCCACCUGUCCAAUGUGUAUGCGUCUCACAUUUUGCUUACUGAAAGAGUGAGACGCAAUGCACAUUGGACCAAGAAAUUGGAAUACCAACCUAAUGUAAAUAUUAAUGUAUACUGUACAGUCAGCAAGAAGUUGUUAAGCGGACGAGGUGUUCAAAAUUACCUUGACAAUAAAGUCGCGUCAAGAUAAUUUUGAACACCUGGCCCGCUUAGCAACUUCUGCUGCUACAUAUAAGUGAGUCGCUUAACUUCAGACUGGUAAAUCCAUCUGUCAGAUUAUGCGAUUUUGGUAUUAAAAAAAGGUAAUAGGGUAGAUUGAGAGAAGAUUUGCUGAGGGUCGAAUAGAUUUUCACCUCAGCAGCUCGAACAAGCCUACUUUCGUCACUCCCUGGAGUGAGGAAAGUGCAACUUUCCUCACUUCAGGGAGUGAAACAAAGUGGCUUUUUAAUUUAGUGAAUGCCAUGAACUGCCACUUCAUACUUCGGGGUCUGUUACAAAUUCGAAAUACAUUUUAAACUUUAAUAUGUUCUCACUGCUGAGGUGAAAAAUUAUAUGUGUCACACGAAAGCAAAGUUAAUUUACAUCUCGAUUCUAACUUAGAAUCAUUCGCUUCGCUCCUGAUUCAAUUAUAGAAUCUUUCGCUUUCUCGGGACUCAAAAUAAACACUCGCAAGAAGAACCAACUUUCCUCUCUUGUUGCACAAAUAAAUAUUACUUGAUUUUGAAGUUAAGCGACACAAGUAACUGUUAAUGUAUUAAUUCUUUAAUAUUUAAUGGAACUUUGUGUGCUGGAUUUAUUUAGACAGGGUUUUGUAUAUUUAAACGUAGAAUUUAAUGUCUUAAAAUAAUUUGUAUAAAUUGUUCAAUUGUAUCAAUAUUAUCAGUUUUAAUGGAAAUAUAUCAGGCUCAAAAUUGUUUUAUUGUAAAUAAUCAUGAAAUAUCUGUAAACUAUAGUUGUCAAGGAAAUCUUGUCAGUAGAAAAAAGCGCGAAAUUCAAAUUUUCCAUGGGAAUAUAUCCCUUCGCGCCUACGUUUUUUAAAUUUGCCGCCUUUUUCUACUGACAAUUUGCUUGACCAACUAUAGCAAAUAUUCUGGGUA